AUGCAAAAUGACGAAGAGAACAGACACAGGGCAGCAGAAAUCGAGAAUCUCGGGAAAACCGUCGCAGCGCUACGGACUGGGUUCGGAUCCCCUGCGACCGAUGAAUUUGCUUCCAUUAUCACCGAAGACAAUGAAAGUGCGUCGACAGCAAUCAAUCGUACUGUGAAUAUGGCAAAAGCACGCAAACUGUCAGGGUUAGCAGCUUCAGACACCCCACCUGUCCACCUCGACAGCGAACAACCCGAGGUGGAAGAAAGAGGCUAUUUUUCGCCCGCUCCUCCCACUCUACGAGCUAAGGAUGCAAUACGCUACAUCCCAACGCUCAACGGAGAUGAUGAUGUAGGAGUUGAAGACUUCAUCAAAGAAGUGAGAAGUAUGAAGGAUCGCUGUAUGGAGCAAGAUCUAUUGCUAAAAGCAAUAAAAGUGGAAAAAAUCGUGGGGAAAGCAGCCCAAAGUAUUCGCAACAUUCCUAUUGAGUGUUACAGUGAUCUGUACGACGCACUGAGAAAUAACUUAGCAGCACAAGUGACUUCGGAUGAGUACCAAGAACAAUUACGAGAGUUGAGACAGGGACGCGAGGAAUCAGUGCAAAGUUUUAAUAUUCGGUUUAGAAGAAUACUCAACCGUUUGCUGUACGCAGUAACCAAUGAGUACCCACAACCACUAACACGUAAAAUUAUGACUGAAGAAAUCACGAAGAAGACUGUUCGUGUGUACCUAAAGGGACUCAGACGCGACAUAGGGCGAAUACUAUUAAGCAGUGAACCCUUGAAUCUUCCGGAAGCUGAAAAAAAGGCAGCCGAUGUAGAACGCUACUUGCGAGAAGAACGACAACCUAAUUGGUCAUGUAAUCGCUUACCUUCGGUUAGUAAUCGCCCCGACAACCAGCAUAUGCAGAUGAAGUGCUUCAAGUGCGGAAAGCUGGGACACAUUGCCAACAAGUGUCAAAAUUUUCUACCACCGAGCCAGCGCGAUCGACCACCCGCAAGAAUUCAGGCAGUCCAGGAAUGGGACGAAAUACAAGAAACAACAUCGAACCAGGAGAUGGACGAACCGUACGAGACAUACGAGUCAACAUCGCCACGGGAAGAUUACUCGCAAUACCUUUGUCAACCCGAACCGAAGAGCGAGUAUUUCUGGUCGACACAGGAGCAGGGAUAAACCUGGUGAAACGUAACAAAACUGUCAACGCGAUACAAAUAGGGCCUAAACAAAAAUUUUCUAUGGGACGAGACAAAUACGAAACUAACGAAUACGUAACGAAACGAAUUUUUGGACAAAAUCACAUUUUUCACAUAGUACCGAACAAUUUCCCUAUUAUCGAAGACGGAAUCAUUGGGCUACCAUGUUUAGAGAAGUAUAACUAUUCAAUAUCCAAUGACAAAAUCCGAUUAAACGACAAAACCAUUUUAUUUCAGAAACCAAUACAUUUGACUCCUGGAGAAAACAGAGUUCAAACAAUCUAUUUGGAAGGCAAACCAACUAAAGUAUGUUUUAUCAACACUGGUGAGCAAAACGUUGAAAUUUCUAGCAAUAUUCAAAAUUCUCAUGACUUUUCCAACGUAUCAAAACU